AUGGCAGAUAACGAUCCAUCGCAAUACUCCGCAUUCCAGUCUCUAUCCCAGUCCCAAUCGCAACCUACCGAGACAGAUCACGAUGCUGCUGCGUCGCCCGCCGCGACCAUAGCGAACGGCAGCGGAGAAGGAAGCAGCAACUACGUCCCCCGUCCCAAGCGUAUCGCAUGCGUCGUGUGCCGGAGAAGAAAACUGAAAUGUGAUGGAAAAAAGCCUAGCUGUGGGACUUGUUCGAGAUUGGGGCAUGCGUGCGCUUAUGAUGAAGCGCGUAAGAAGAGCGGUCCUAAGCGGGGGUAUGUGAAGCAGUUGGAAGCGCGAUUAGCCCAGGUUGAGAUUUUGCUUAAUGGUCAGGAGCCAACCGCAUUACCGGCGUCCCAGACGCAACCCCAACCCCAGGAAACCGCGUUCGAUGGCUCGAUGCCGAAUAGUACUUUGUCGCCCGACUUCCUUUCGAUCCCCGCGAUUCCAGACGAAGCUGAAAUUUGCAUUGCACCGGGGGAUAUAGCUACACAACCCCAACCCGGCCGGGGAUACCUACCAGAGCCAGGGUUUAAUAUGACAGGUAAGUCCACGUGGGACAUGAUCAGUCUGGGAUUAGAGGAGCCACUUCCUGACCAGAAUGUGAUUGAUGAACUACAUCGGAUUUAUUUUGAAAAAGUCCAUCCUUCGAUACCAGUCGUUCACCGUCCGAGAUACUUGGCAGCUUCGAAUUUGACACCCAGUUUACGACCUCCUGUGUACUUGCAGUAUAUCAUGUGGUGUCAUGCGGCGUCUAUCAGCGAUAAAUACUUCCAUUUGCACGGACACUUUUACCAGCGAGCGCGCAAGUAUGCUGAAUUGGAGGAGAUGAGGGGACUUGGGGAAAACAUCAUUUCUUUGGCCUAUUGUCAGAGUUGGCUGUUGAUCGCAACAUACGAGUCUAAAAUGCUGUAUUUCCCUCGCGCAUGGCUGAGCACUGGAAGAUGUGCAAGAAUGGCAUUGAUGAUGGGUUUGAAUCGGCUGGACGGAGCGGGCCUCAACGUCAAGCAGUCAUUACCACCGCCCAAAGAUUGGACCGAACGAGAAGAACGAAGGAGGGUCUUUUGGUUGAUAUUUUGCUGUGAUCGAUAUGCCAGCAUUGGGACUUCAUGGCCCAUGGCGAUUGACGAGAGAGAUAUUAUGACGAACCUCCCUGCCACCGAGGAAUCCUUUAUUAAAAGCAAGCCACAGCGAGCCUUGCGCCUCGCCGACGCAUUGACAGGAGAGGGCAAUGCGACUUUGUCGCCGUUGGCAAGCGUCGUGUUGUUGGCGGCACUUUUUGGGAGAAAUCUCACUCACCUUCAUCGUCCUGAUCCCCAGGACAAUGAUUAUGACCUUAAUGGAGAAUUUUGGAAACGCCACCGAUCGUACGAUAAUUUAUUACUCAGCAUUGCUUUGCAGCUUCCUAGUCAUCUGCGAUUACCAACAGGAAUGGAUGAUCCGAACAUAAUAUUUAGCAACAUGUGCAUACACACAUCCACGAUAUGUCUACACCAAGCGGCGAUCUUCAAGGCAGAGAAGAACAAGAUGCCCAGUCAGAUGAUCAUCGAAAGUAAGCGGAGGUGCAUUGUGGCUGCUGAUCAGAUCGCGAAUAUCAUGAAGUUGAUCAGCCAUAUGGAUCUGACCAUUAUGAACCCAUUCUUAUCGUUCUGCGUGUACGUCGCUGCGCGGAUCUUUGUGCAAUAUCUGAAAUCCCGGCCAGAUGAUUCUAUGGUUCAAUCUUCAUUGCAAUUUGUCAUGUCUGCUCUCAGAGCUCUGAAGAGCAAACAUCCCCUGACGGAGACAUUUCUCGUUCAAUUGGACAUUGACACGGAGGGGAGAGCCUUCCAGGGCGUUCAAACCCCUCCAAACCGAGAUGGUCAUGGCAAUCAUUGUGUUCCAGGAGUGGAACUCUGCGCCCCUGAAGUUACAGAAUGUCCAGCUUUCCUCGGUCUUCCCGACUCUCACUCCGGCGAUGCGCCUGAGAAUCCUCCCCAGAGUAGGGCCAGCGAUCCCAGCCUCAACAAUAACUCAAUUCCAAAUCAACAUAAUCGCGGUGGAACACAGCCCAACCUAAAUACAGCUUUCAUCAGACCAUCUCAUAAUUUCAACCCGGGCAUUGAUACGACUGGCGCAUCGGGAGCAAUCAUCGACAUGGACACUGCACCGAACCUCAUGGUGGACGAGAGUAACACACCGCCAAACCACCAAUCUCCGUCAACAUUAAAUUCAAUGUCCAGGACAGAAGACUUUACGCCACAAAAGCCUUCUCCCUCUAACACCCACCAUCCUACACAACCAUUGAACCCAUUGGACAUGCCAUUAUCCGCUGGUGGCGGCACCGAUCCCAGCCAAUUCGGCGAUCCCUCGUCUCUUGCCAGACAGUUAAAUCAGGACACCGCACCGUUCUAUUCCACCGGGCCGGGGACGUCGUUCUCCAUACCAUCGCCCUCCGCGUGGGACUUUCCGAACCUACAGGCCGGUGUUCCUAGUCCAGGGAAUAUAACAUCGCGGCCAACGGAUUCUUACGCCGAAGCGCAAUUCGCGCAGUUCAUAUUGGACACGACGUGGCGAGGUUGA